AUGGAGAACCAAGGAAACAACGGAGUAAUCGUUUUCGCUGACCUUGAAUUAGAAGGGAGAAGAAUGGACUGUCCAGCAUGUCGUCUUCCCGUCAAUCCUCAUCUCGGGAAUUUGAUUGUUCCUCAGUUUAACUGUGAAGGCUGCAGAGCUCUUUUGACUUACAGAGAACCACCAGGAAGGACAGUAAGAUGUCCUUGUUGCCAUUUCUCACGUCCUGUGCCGACCACUCUUGCAACUAUUAAUUGUGGUGGAUGUGAAGCAACAGUCAUUCAUCAAAAAGGUGCAAGAGUUGUGAAAUGUUCUCUCUGCAAGUACAUCACAAACCCACUUGCUAACCGGAUUGUCGUUCCUCAAGAGAACCGGGUUGCUCCUGCUCAUGUGAACCUAGUUGAUCCUCGUGAUCAAGUUAACCAGGUUGCUCAAGUGAACCGGAUUGUUAAUCCUCAAGUGAACCAGGUUGCUCGUCCUCAAGUGAACCGGGUUGUUCAUCCUCAAGUUAACCGAAUUGUUCGUCCUCAUGUGAACCUAGUUACUCCUCGUGAACAAGUUAGCCAGGUUACUCUACUGCACCGGAUUCUUAAUCGUGUUCUUCAUCCUCAAGUGAACCGGGUUGCACCUCCUGGUGUGAACCGUGUUGCACCUCCUGAUGUGAACGAGGUUGCUCCUCCUGAUGUGAUCGAGGUUGCUACUCCUGAUGUGAACGAGGUUGCACCUCCCGGUGUGAACCAGGUUGCUCCUCCUGAUGUGAACGAGGUUGCACCUCCUGAUGUGAACCAGGCUCUUCUUGUUCAAGUUAGUACGGGAACUAACUCAACUGCGAGUUCUUCUUCUACUCCACCACCUGAUGGGACUAGAGAAAGUGUUAAAGAAGAAGCAGCUAAAAGAGUUGCUCAAAUGGUGAGGGAUGCUGCUCUUAGAGCCAGGAGAGACAAAGCAGCAGCAGAAGAGGAUGAAUCAGAAGGAUCAAAGAGCAAGAAGAGUCGUCACUGA